AUGGCCACCCACACCGUCGUAUCACUCCUGUCAGCGCUGAUGCAAACCCAGAGUACAAGUGACCAAGAACAAGAAAUCGCCCACUUCUUAGACGACCACCUCACUAAUCUCGGCUAUACCGUUGAGCGCCUUCCAAUUGCCGAAGGCUCAACCAGAGAAAAUGUCUACGCCUAUCUAGGCACCCAGCGGAAGAACCGAGUAUGUCUCACAUCACACUUGGAUACCGUUCCGCCCUACAUUCCUCUACGAAUCGAGGGAUCUACAAUCUAUGGGCGGGGCGCAUGCGACGAUAAAGGUCCGAUGGCAGCGCAGAUAUGCGCUCUAGAAGAGCUGAGGGCAGAAGGAGCUGUCAAAGAAGGCGACGUGGGAUUAUUAUUUGUCGUCGGGGAAGAGAAAGGUGGGCCCGGCAUGAUAGCGGCGAAUAACCAGGACCUCAGCUUUGAGGGUGUCAUAUUCGGGGAGCCGACCGAGGGGAAAUUGGUUGUUGGACAUAAGGGUCAUUUGAUAUUUGAGUUGAUUGGGGAGGGCAAGGCUUGUCACUCUGGGUAUCCUCAGCAUGGGGUGAAUGCUAAUGUCGCACUUAUCGAAACACUGAAUGACUUAGUUAAAGCGGAAUUUCCAGGCUCAUCGCUCCUUGGCCCAUCGACUUUCAAUGUUGGGAAGAUCGAGGGGGGGUUGACCUAUAACAUCAUCCCGGAGACAAGUAAAGCGCUUUGUGCUGUGCGCGUUGCGACUGAUAUGGCUGGGAUAAAAAAGAUUGUCUCGGAUAUUGUUGCCCGACAUGCAAAUGUUCGACUAGAGUUCAAAUUCGAGUAUCCCGAAACCUUGCUGGAUCAUGAUGUCGAAGGAUUCGAGACUGCCCCUGUUUCGUACGGGACUGAUGUUCCACGAUUCAAGGGAAACCAUAAGAAAUACCUAUAUGGGCCAGGAUCUAUCCUGGUAGCGCACGGAGACAAUGAAAAGAUUGAGAUUGAUGAGCUUGUGGAGAGUAUUCAGGCGUAUAAAAAGCUGACGAUGCACGCGUUGAAUUCUGCUCAGUAG